UAUACACCAAAAAUUGAAGCACCGCAGGUAAAGAUAAGCCAAAAUUCAAACCCCAUGGAGGCCACACAGGAGUUCAUUUACCGAUCGAAACUUCCCGACAUCAACAUCCCGAGUCAUCUCCCAUUACAUUCGUAUUGCUUCCAGCACAUAUCCAAAUUCAGCUCCAAUCCAUGCCUCAUCAACGCCGGCAAUGGCAACAUCUACACUUACGCUGAUGUCCAUCUCACCGCACGUAAAGUGGCUGCCGGCCUUAACAGGCUAGGCAUCCGACAAGGUGAUGCUAUCAUGCUUUUACUCCAAAACUGCCCGGAAUUUGUCUUCUCAUUUCUCGGCGCCUCUUAUCUCGGUGCAACUAGCACGACGGCGAACCCCUUUUACACGCCGGCCGAGAUUGAGAAGCAAGCCACUGCAUCAAGCGCUAGAAUUAUAAUCACUCAAGCUUGUUUUGCCGAGAAAGUGAAGAAAUUCGCUGAAGAAAACGAUGUGAAAAUCAUCUGCAUUGACGCGCCGGUGGCGGGUUGUUUGCAUUUUUCGGAGUUGUCACAGGCCGACGAGAAUGACAUCCUGGAUGUUAACAUCAGCCCCGACGAUGUUGUCGCGCUGCCUUAUUCAUCCGGGACGGUGGGGCUUCCAAAAGGGGUGAUGCUAACUCACAAAAGCAUGAUCACCAGUGUCGCUCAGCAGGUCGAUGGCGAAAACCCUAAUCUGUAUUUCCACCUGGACGAUGUGAUUUUAUGCGUGUUACCCAUGUUUCACAUAUAUUCCCUGAGCUCAGUUGUGCUUUGUGGCCUUAGAGUUGGGGCUGCAAUUCUGAUUAUGCAGAAGUUUGAGAUAAACACACUCAUGGAACUUGUUCAGAAACAUAAGGUGACUAUUGCACCAUUUGUUCCUCCAAUUCUCUUGGGUAUCGCAAAGAGCCCGGUCGCUCACCAGUAUGAUCUUUCGUCGAUUCGGACUGUGAUCUCCGGUGCCGCUCCGAUGGGGAAGGAGCUUGAAGACCGCCUUGGGUCAAAGCUGCCCAAUGCCGUAAUUGGACAGGGGUAUGGGAUGACUGAGGCUGGACCAGUACUAUCGAUGUGCUUAGCAUUUGCAAAGGAACCAUUUGAGAUAAAAUCAGGGGCUUGUGGGACUGUGGUUAGAAAUGCAGAGAUGAAGAUCAUCAACCCCGAGACUGGUGCUUCUCUUCCUCCAAAUCAAGCAGGAGAGAUUUGCAUAAGAGGUGACCAAAUCAUGAAAGGUUAUCUUAAUGAUAUAGAGGCCACUAAAGAAGCCAUAGACGAAGAAAAAUGGCUACACACAGGUGAUAUCGGAUACAUAGAUGAUAAUGAUGAGCUCUUCAUUGUCGAUCGAUUGAAGGAGAUAAUUAAAAAUAGAGGAUUUCAAGUGGCACCGGCUGAACUUGAAGCAAUCUUGAUUGCUCAUCCUAAUAUUGUUGAUGCUGCGGUCGUACCGAUGAAAGAUGAAGCUGCGGGAGAGGUUCCAAUUGCAUUCAUUGUGAGAUCAAAUGGUUUUGAAAUCAUCGAGGAUGAAAUAAAGGAAUACAUCGCAAAACAAGUUGUAUAUUAUAAGAGAAUUAAAAGGGUUUUCUUCAUUGAGACAAUUCCUAAGGCUCCAUCUGGUAAAAUCCUCAGAAAAGACCUCAAAGCAAAGCUGGCCGCUGGCUUUUCCAAUUAAUCCUCAUUUAUCAAUUUAUUUCACUUCCUUAUAUGAACAUUUCUGGGUAGUAAAAAUUGUAAUCAUAAGCUUCAUUGCUUUGAAUUAUCAAUAAAAAGAAUAUGCUAGACUCGCAAGGCAUUAUUAUUAUUAUUUAGUCAUAAAA